UCCAUCGCUCGCUCGCUCGCUCAUCCACUCGUAGUGGUUCGUUCGCCCGCCCUUUCUACCCCUAAAGUGAGGGUAAGGUCACGCCUCCAUACGCCCGUGACGACGGAUGCUCCGAUUUCGCGCCUGAUCAGCUGACUUCCGCGCACGCACGUGCUUAUUGUUUUCGGGGAUCUUCCAGGUCGGGGGAACCGUGCAGGCUCAGCGCCCGGUUUUUGGGAUGUGUGAGUGGCGCGUGUGUGCCAGUUUUCGUGCGAUGGAUGGCGUGUGAGAUACGACAUCGUGCAGUGCCGCUCCUCGCCCAAUUCAAGUGCAGCAGUCCGUUGACCUGGUGGUGUGCAGAGUGAAACGGCAGGACUCGGACCGUCCCUGCGAGAAAUCUGCAACAGAUCGAGGGAACUGCGACACAGCUAAACUGCCAUAAUGACGCUGGUAGCGUGGGCGGUGCUGGGCCUGACGCUGGUCUACCAGACGUGGGGCCAGGGGGCAAUUCGCGGCCUUCCCUGCAUCGAACGGCUCAACCAGCUCCACUGCCUCGACCGGGGCGACUCGUACCCCGAAUCGCGCAUUGAGAGCUUCAUCGACCUGAACAAGGCGCUGACACGGCGAAUGUUCGGCGAAUUCCAGCCACCGGGCUACUUUUUCGACCAGGUACCGACCUUCCCCAACAUCCAGAACUUCGAGACGGUCGACUUCCCGGAGCACCUGCGGCCCGCCGACGUGCGCACGGGGCGCGACGAGCCGGCGCAGACCGGGGCCCCGGCGCGGUGGGACGGCGGCACACGACGCCGAACGCGAACCAGGGCGAACACUACGCGAGCGAACACGGAGCGAGCGAGCACAGCGCGAGCGAGGGCGAGCGCGGCGCGAGUGCGGGCGAACGCGGCGCGAGCGAACGUGACGAAGCAAACGAUGACGAAUGUGCGGCCGACGCGUGUUGCUACGCGGCCGCCGGCGCAGGGGCUGGCCACGCCAACUCCCUCCCGGCCGCCGUUUUACAACAACGUGUUCCUGAACCAGGGGGCGCAGCUGGAGGUCGCUGCCAGCCAAUCGGCGCUCGGCGGCCUUCGCUUGGCACCCCGUCAGCGAGCCUCGGCCAAUCAGCAACUCGGGCCGCGAGUGAAGCGGUCCUCGAACGCCACGGUGGGCGCAGCACCGACGGGGCGGCGACAUAAGCGGCAGUCUGUGCCGCCACCGCCGAAAAUCGAGAAAGGAAGCAAGCACCUCGUGGACAGUUGCGAGUCCAAGAUCGAGCUCGUCACGCCGUACUGGGCGGCCAACUCGGCCGGUAAGAUCAGAGCCGUGGUCAACACUAAACACUUCCCGCAGGCCAUCCACCAGGAGAUCUGCAAGGGCACCACCACCAGCCACUGCGGCGGAAGCUGCAUGUGCGAGCAGAAGUACACCUUUCACCGCCUGCUGGCUUACGACCCGGACAACGACUGCAAGGGUAUCUUCAUCGACUGGUUCCUGUUCCCGUCUUGCUGCGCCUGUCGCUGCCCGCCCUAGACGUGUGACCGCGUCCGCCGCUGUCUGGCGUACAUAUCCGCCCGCCGCUGUCCGCUCCCGACGUCCGCCUGCCCCUGUCCGCCUGAAACGUGCGGCUGCGCCUGCCGCCGUCCGGCUGUGCGGCUGCGCCUGCCGCUGCCCGCACGAGGCGUUAAGCUGUGGAUGUCCGCCAUAGGCGUCCCAUAUCUCUCCCACAUGUUAUACAUCUGCUCCACGCGCGGGCUGCACACCGCCGGCCGUUUCCAUCGUGGUUGCCACUGGACGGCGCCAAACCCGCCAUGUUCGCGCCAAAUCCGCUGGCGCAAAUCUCUUCCGCCGGCGGCAAACCUCUCCCGCCGGCGCCAAGCCUCGUCCGCCGAGAGUCUCAGCUGAACCAAGCCACGGUGACAUUAGCGGCCCCGGUCCUCUGGCCGCAUGCCCUGCGCGCUGCCCACUGUCCUGGCGCCGCCGUCGUGCUGCCCGCCGCCUGCCCGGGGUCGGCCGAGGCCCGCCGGACUGGCACCGAGGUCUCGCGAUCGCCAGCUGUGGCGAGAGACUCAGAGCCUCGGAGCUGUCAGCGCCGCUGUGCGACGUCCCGAUGGGACGGAUCAGUGCCGGAAGUGCGACGCUGCGCGCUUUUAGCGUGGGGUGUGCGUGCCGCGCGGAUGGCGCCCCCCCCCCCCCCCUACGCGGGGAUCCGCGGGUCGUGAUGGAAGGGCGUCGCUGGGCUGUUUGUGAUGGUCCGGCGCGAGUUGGGCCGGCUGAAGCGAACGUUACUGCCCGGCGGGCACGAGCUGAACGCUGGGUGCGGUGGUACUCUAGCGGUGUCCAGGAGAACCAGUGGUUCCAAGGGAUAUCGCCACAGUCGUCCCGUGCCGGAGAAUGCGGCACACGUGUAAGGUCUGGGGGAAUGAGUUGCGUCAACGUGCGAUGCAGAUUGAGACAUUCAACUUGCGCUAGUUUAUCGAGCAACUCAUGCCAUUGGAAUAUUCAGGAAGUGCAUUUUGCGUGUAGUUGCGCUUCGACAUGGACCAUGGUGCGAAUGUUCUGUUUUAGGUUUGAGCGCACGCUCGGCGCCAUACAUUGGUUAACUUUUGGUCAAUGGUUCUUUGAACAGUGUUAGGAUACAUGUUAUGUUUUUAUUAUUUUGGCUGCUUCUUAGGAAAUAUAUGCGCCAUAGUGGGAUGAGAAGCCGAGUGAAAUACUGUGUUUUAUGUACGCGCGUGUGGUGCCGCGCCUGGUUCCUUACGUUUGCGGGGUGUCAUAUUGUGGCGAUUUCCUUGGAAGUGUUGCGUGAAUGUCAAUUGUUAUCGGACAUUAUUAAAAUCUUACCAUAUUCAAAGUGAAAACAUGAAAUUGAAUGAGCAUAUUUGGCCUAAACAAACCGCCAAACCAAGUGAU